GACGAUGGAACAAUAUAAUCAAGAAACUAUAAAAAGCCAUUUCAGCCACCCACACCCAUUGAAGCUCAUCGUCUACAAGCAAACCCUAAACCUCACUUCACCAUGUUCAGCAUGCAAGAUCGAGCCCUCUGGUAUGAUCUACUGCUGCAUAAUGUGCGAAGACCAUUUCCUUCACCAGAGAUGCUUCGAUAUGCCGAAGAAGAUGACUCACCCUUGUCACGAAAAGCACAGUUUAACCCUAAUAUCGAAGCCUUCUAACAGAAACGAGCACUUCUUCGUAUGCGAUGCAUGCAGCGAAAGAGGGAAGGGCGGGUUCUCGUACCAUUGUAAACCUUGCCGCAUCGAUUUGCAUCUUCUUUGCGCCGUUAUGCCGUUAUCCGUCACACACGACUCACACGUGCACAAGCUCCAUCUUACUUUUGAGUCUUAUCCUGAAAAGAAGUUUUCCUGUAAUAUAUGCAUGAACACUGGUUCACGCCAAUGGGUUUAUAGGUGCAAAUCUUGUGGAUUUGAUGCCCAUCUCAAGUGUGCUACCGGAGAUGCUCCGUCCGUCCACCGCCCGCCGUCUCAGACGAAAGAGCCGGCUCCACGACAGGCGGCAACGUGCUAUACAUUGGAUCCAUCGGCGCCUCAACUUCCACCUAUGCAGCAACGGCAGAAUAUCAUGCCGCCGCCUGAUCCUCCUUUUGAGGUCAACAAAUCACAGAACCAUGAAUUGGCCAUUCAUGCCGUUGAGCAGAUGAUUAUUAGCAACAGUAAUGCCUUGGCUCAAGUAAUACUUUCAGGUGGCCGCUUAUUUGGUUCUUAUGGAGAUAACACAGGAUUGCAUCUUCUGAUAAAAUGGAUAUCUGCCAUUAACAUCAGUCCUGGCAUUAGUGGUCGUGGCAAUUAUGCUGCUGAUGGUUUUGCUAGUACUGGUGGAGGCGGCGGCCAAGAUUCUCUCCACGCGGUAAAGAACGGUGGUGGUGAAGGCUUGGUGGAAGGGAUAAAUGACGGUGGUGGCGGUGGCGGUAGUGGUGGCGGCCAAGACUAUUUGAAGGCAGUAAUGGGCGGUGGUGGCGGUGGAGGCCAAGACUCUCUCCACGUGGUAAAGAACGGUGCAGACUUCGUACAAGGGGUAAAUGAUGGUGGUGGCAGUAGUGGUGGCGGCCAAGACUAUUUGAAGGCAGUAGUGCAUGACGGUGGUGGUGGCGGCGGCUCUUUGCCACAGAAAAUAACUCACCCUUUUGACAAGAAACAUGUGUUAACGCUACAAACGAAGUCCGCCUAUAACGAAGGUGGCUUCAUAUGUGAUGCUUGUGGUGAAAAAGGCAAGGAAUAUUCCUACAAUUGCCAACCUUGCGGCAUUGAUUUGCAUAUAUCUUGUGCAAUGAUGCCGUUUUUUGUGACACAUGACUCGCACGUGCACACCCUUCGCCUUGUUUUUGAAUCACCAUACCCAAACAAGAAAUUUUGUUGUGGUAUAUGCCUAGGCCCUGGUUCACACCAUUGGCUUUAUAGGUGUAACUCAUGUGGAUUCGAUGCACAUCUCAAAUGUGUGGCGGGAGAUGUUCCGCCCGUCCACCUGCCGCCAACGUCUCAGCCACAAGAUGCCUCAAUAUGGGGGCGACCACCUCCUCUUAUGAUGAAUAUGAGUUUUCCAGAGGGCCAGGUCCCGGUUAAUGUGCCUUCUUUUGAAGUCGAUAAUAGAUCAAGUGCAGCAAUGGCUCAGGGAUUGAUGCGAUUUAUAUCUAACGGUGCAAACAUCGUUGGUGUUGGUGAUGGUGGUGGUGGAGAAGAAGAUUAUCAAGAAUUAUUAUUUGGAGAUGGAAAUGGUAUUGGUUUUCUUGGUGGCUUACUUGCAGGAUGACUUCUCAAUGCCGCCCAUGAACAUUAAAGAUUUACCGGACAGUGUUAAUUUUAUUUCUCGGUUUCUUUCCACUUUCUGCAGUGCAAUUUGCUUUUCUUGAUUUGUUUUGUUCGAGUUUGAAGACUAUAAAAGAUUGUGCAAAUGAGAAGCUUCUUGAUUCAGAUGAUAUCUUCAUAUUUUGUGGUGUAAUCAUGGUUCGCCCGAACAGCGCCG